AUGGUGGAGAAGGAAAACGAGGAAAGAGGAAUACGGCAAAGCGGAGGAGGAGCAAGGAGGUGUGGAUACCCAUGGCAUCUACUCUCUCCUCCGUUCUUUCCAGACUCAACAGACGUUGAGUCUGGAAGCUACCUCGAUGGCUGCCUGCCUACUUGCUGGCCUGAGAUGUUCGCCUGGUCCGGGACGGUUUGGGAAAACUGCCGAGCUGCCUACGAAGAUAUUGUCAAACAUCUCGAAAGGCUCCGCGAGGAGAGGGGCGACGCCGAGAGAGCGCUGGCUUUGGACCACAAACCCAGGGACCUCAGCUCGCACAAUGGCUCCUCCAACGGUCACAGCCCGGUUCUAAAUCUCUCAAAAACGGCGGGAAGCGGAAGCGUGGGCGAGCAGUCCGGAAGCGAGGCAGGCGCGUCGCAUCGUUCUCAAGACGACGAGGAGGAGGACGAUAAUCUGUCGGAGGACCUCGAGGACGACAAUGAGAAGGACGAAGAUUUGUCGGACGUGCCGGAAAAUCUGCCGUUGCCAGCACCGGGCUCGGAAAGUCCUCCCCAGGCCCUGAACUACUCGCAGAUAGCCUCGGCGGCGGUCGCCGUGUCCCAGAGCGCCCAGGACCCCUCGGUCUCGAGUACGGAGACCCUGCUGAGGAAUAUCCAGGGCCUGCUCAAGGUCGCGGCAGACAACGCGAGGCAGCAGGAGAGGCAAAUCAACUACGAGAAAGCCGAGCUGAAAAUGGACGUUCUUCGGGAGCGGGAGGUCAAGGACAGUCUGGAGCGGCAGCUACAAGACGAGCAGAAGGUGCGAGUGAUCUACCAGAAACGGUUAAAGAAGGAACGGAGAGCGAGGAAACGGCUGCAGGAGCAGUUGGAUCUGGAGAUCAAGAGGCGCACACAAUUGGAGGAGGCCCUCAAAGCCACGGGCGCGUCCUCGGAGCAAGUCAGAGCAAUUACCGAGAACGUAACGGCGGAGGCGCGCACGAGUUCGGAGCCGCCGGAGGCUAGCCCGGUACAUUCUCAGUCGCAGCAGCAGUCGUCGCAGCAACAACCGCCGCAGCAACCCCUUCAGCAGCAACAGGCAGCGGCCCAGCAGUACCGGGAGGCGCAAGUGCCGCGUCCUUCCCAGCAACCGUCGACGCCGGAGAAACCCGCAUGGGGAUACGGGCUGGAUCUCAUCGGUAGCCAGGCGUCGGCCUUCUGGCAAAACUACCAAGAAUCGCUGGUGCAGGAACUCGAGCUGGAGAGAAAAUCGCGGCAGCACCAAGCGGCCGAGAGGGACCAAGUAAAGUCUCCUCUUCAAGAGUCGCGGACGGGUUACUACAAGAACUCCGUUCUGUUUACGAGCGCGACCUAGAAGAGGCCGGACGACGGCAGGCGGGGGCAGCAGACAGAUCGUGCAGCGAGCAGCCGAA